UUGAACCCAAUGCAACUCGUCAUCAAUUCUUACCGAGUUAUUACUGGUACCAUAGCUUUAGUCAAACAAGAGAAUGCCAGGAUUAUGCUUGCCGAUUUCCAGUACUGUUAUACCAUGUGUUGCCUUAGAAAAGACACGGACUAUGUCUAUUACCUCAAACCGAGAUCCACUGAAUAUAAAAUCGUAGCCGACCUCCCAGACUCCAACAAGGGAGCUGGAGACGAUUACUUCAUCGUCUCGGGCAAUUGGGAGUUUCAGCCAAACGAUGACCUCCAUCUUUAUCCCUUAAGCCGAACAGUUCUCGGGGAAGGAGCUGGUAAGGGCCACCCUUCAUAAGUUUUCUUAUCUUCUUGCAUAAAGUUUUCAAUAUUCUGUUCUAAUGUCUGUGCUGUUCUGCAGUUCUUCCUCAGCCUCCAAAGAACUUUUGUCAAUCCUUCCUCUCCAGCAAGGAUUUGAAGAAGCUACUAAGCCUUCCGGUUCACAAACGGAAGGCGCCUUUGCUUUUCAACUUUAUCCCAACAUAUAAGUCAGCUCUGCCCGACGUCCCUGAGAGGAAGAAGAAAAGCCUUUCUCCACCUUCCGCCACAACUCCACAGACUGCGUCCACAUCUCGGACAAAUCAAGGGUCAACUUCCGAUCCAGCUGAUCAGCCAUCAACCUCGGCUCCAUACUUGAUUCCAAUAUCACAACGCCGCCGCCGUCGACGCCGAACAGUUUCUACUGCCGAGAUGGGUCGCCCAAAACCAAUUGCAAAAGAUCUUCUGGCCAGCAUUCCAACCGACGUUGACGCUCAGCUAGUUCCAACCCAGCCUCCAAAGCCAAAAAGGAUUAAAAAGGGUCAACCAAAGCCUAAGGUAAUUCAGACUGAGUCUAUGGAUACUUUGCCGAUCUCCAAGUUGGUUGAGAGUGACAAAUCUCAACCCUCUGCUGGGAAGAGGCGUUUUGAAGCCCAGCCAUCAGAAUCCCCAAAAUCAAAAAAGCCGAGGUCAUCUUCUGCGACCACCUCGGGGUCUAAAAAGAAUGAUGUCCCUUGGGCUCCAAAAAUUACUCUGAAAGAUAAGCCAGUCAUGGCUAACGAUAGUGCUGACAACAUCAACAUCGGCGUAGCCCUCAAUACUGCUCUGCUCCUCCCCGACGAUCUUAAUCGAAACGCCGAGAUGAGCGAGUACGAAAACUACACUUUGAUGCUUCAACGUUCUGUUCAAGCUAUCCACAUGCCCAUUCUUUCUCUAUUCAAUCUUUCGAAAAUCGAGAGAAGUUGGCCGAGAUGAAGAAGGAGUUCCCUGUUCUUCAAAAAGCCAACAAGAGUUUACAAUCAAAGAUGAAAAAGUUGGAGGACCAAGCCGAGGCUGCAAUCAAAGCCCAAACUGACGCCGAAGAGAAGGCUGAAUCUGCCGAAGCCAUCAGAAAGGUUUCUGAGUCUCAAAGAAAAGAGUCCAAGGAGAAGACGGCCCAAGCCGAAAAAGAGCUUCAAGAAGCCUUGGCCACCAAAGAGGCUGAAAUCAAGGACGCCGACGAGAAGGCAUAUGCUCAAGGUAUGGUCGACGUCACGGAGGCUUAUGAAAUUCAAGUGAAGCAGGCAUGCAACAAGGGUUUCACCCAUGGUUGGAUGUCUCUUCUAAAGAAGCUUAAUGUCCCCGAGGACUCGCCCUUCAGAAAUGUCGACCUUAUUCCUCUUCCAUUCCCUCCAGCCCUAACUCCAACUCUAGCUCAAUCUGUCAGUGACUCUGAAUCUGAGGAGGAGGCCGAGGAGGAAGUUUUAGUGAGGAAAUCAAAAGAUGCUGCUGGGGCCAAGUCUCUUCCUCAGAAUGAGCAAGUCCUAGACUUGACUCAAGAUGAGGAAGGUGAUGAGGUUCCCAGAGACCCUGCUCCUGAGAAGGCAUUAGCUGAUGUCACCAUUGUCGAUAAGAGCCUUGACGAAACUUUGCAAGAAAUUGAUGCUGAGCUUGCGGCAGAAAAGGCGGCCGAGGUGGCUUCUCAACAGCCUUCCGAGGUCCCAACCCAGCUCACUGCCGAUGCUGAGGAAUCUUAGUUUUCACAUCUUUUUAUUUCUUGUAUUUCGAAUUUUCUUUUUGAGAUAAUGUAUGCUCUUUGUAUGUCCGAUAUGCCCUCUUUUUGUUGAAUGCUGAUACAACUUUUCUUCACUGAGUGCUUGUACUUGUCUUCUUUUGAUUGCUUUUGCGUGA